CGCGGCCAAACGCUCCGGAUGUCCGCACUGCCACUCGGCAGUCUGGUUCCCGGGGCCCGUACAGACCGGUUUGCGGGACGCAGUUGGUGGAGACACCGGAGCGGGGCGGGUCAGGAAGUGGGGGCGCGGAUGUCGCGAGCGGGCCUGGGCGGCCGAGGGCCUUGGCUGGAGGGGCUCGCGGUCUCCGCCGACGGGAUGGCGGAAGGAGCAGGACCAGCUAUAGAUCUGCGCCAAAGAAAAAAGCCAAAGUCUUCAGGAAAUAAGGAAUCUGCCAAAGAGAAAAUUAGUAACACUCCAGUUCCUCAAAGAGCUUCAAAAUAUGUGCUAUUUCAGCGCUUUGCAAAGAUUUUCAUUGGCUGUCUUGCAGCAGUUACUAGUGGUAUGAUGUAUGCUCUCUACUUGUCAGCAUACCAUGAACGGAAAUUCUGGUUUUCCAACAGGCAGGAACUUGAACGGGAAAUCACAUUUCAGGGUGACAGUGCCAUUUAUUACUCUUACUAUAAAGAUAUGUUAAAGGCACCUUCAUUUGAAAGAGGUGUUUAUGAACUGACACACAAUAACAGAACUGUAUCUCUGAAAACUAUAAAUGCAGUGCAGCAAAUGUCUCUCUAUCCAGAACUUAUUGCCAGCGUUUUAUAUCAAGCAACUGGUAGCAGUGAGAUUAUCGAACCGGUAUAUUUCUAUAUUGGCAUUGUUUUUGGAUUACAAGGAAUUUAUGUUACAGCGUUAUUUGUUACAAGUUGGCUUAUGAGUGGAACCUGGCUGGCAGGAAUGCUUACUGUUGCAUGGUUCAUUAUUAACAGGAUAGAUACAACAAGAAUUGAAUCCUCUAUCCCUUUAAGAGAAAACUGGGCACUGCCAUACUUUGCAUGCCAAGUUGCUGCACUCACAGGCUAUUUGAAGAGCAACUUAAAUUCUUAUGGGGAGAGAUUUUGCUAUCUGUUGAUGAGUGCUUCAACUUACACUUUCGUGAUGAUGUGGGAAUACAGCCACUAUCUCUUAUUUCUACAAGCAGUAUCUCUGUUCUUGCUGGAUAGUUUUUCACUGGAGCCAAGUGACAAGGUUCAUGAAGUCUAUAAAAUCUAUAUCUUUUCUCUAUUUCUGGGGUAUCUGCUGCAGUUUGAGAAUUCAGCUCUACUGGUGUCUCCUUUAUUAAGUUUAGUAGCAUCCUUAAUGCUUGCCAAGUGCCUUCAGAUGAAUGUGAAGAAAGGGACCUUUUUAGCUAAGAUAAUGAAAGUGAUUAAUUUUUACCUGGUGUGUAUUUUGACAGUGACAUUGAAUAUUGUAAUGAAGAUGUUUGUCCCACACAAAGAAAAUGGGCAUAUGCUGAAAUUCCUUGAAGUAAAAUUUGGACUAAAUAUGACUAAGAACUUUACAAUGAAUUGGUUACUGUGUCAAGAAUCACUACAGACACCAUCUCAAGAUUUCUUUUUGCGAUUGACACAAUCUUCUUUACUACCUUUCUAUAUUUUAGUGUUAGUUAUUUGCUUUUUUUCUGUGGUACAAGUUAUUUUUAGGAGAUUUAAGGGUAAGUCCCUGAAAGAGACUGUUACUCUUGAUGAUGGACAAAUUGGAGAAAGGCCAGAAAUAAUUUAUCAUGUGAUUCACACUAUUUUAUUGGGCUCUCUUGCAAUGGUUAUAGAAGGCUUGAAAUACCUCUGGACUCCUUAUAUGUGCAUGCUAGCAGCUUUUGGAGUGUGUUCUCCUGAACUCUGGAUGACACUUUUCAAAUGGCUUCGACUGAGAACGAUACACCCAGUGUUGUUGGCUCUUGUUCUGAGCAUGGCUGUGCCCACUAUAAUAGGUCUCAGCUUGUGGAAAGAGUUUUUUCCAAGAUUAAUGGCAGAACUAACAGAACUGCAAGAAUUCUAUGACCCAGAUACAGUGGAACUUAUGACCUGGAUAAAAAGGCAAGCCCCAAUUGCAGCUGUAUUUGCAGGAAGUCCGCAGUUAAUGGGUGCAAUUAAGUUAUGUACUGGUUGGAUGGUGACAAGCUUGCCUCUUUAUAAUGAUGACGAUCUUCUCAAGAGAAACGAGAAUAUUUACCAAAUCUAUUCAAAACGAUCUGCUGAGGAUAUUUAUAAAAUACUGACAUCUUACAAAGCGAAUUACCUAAUUGUAGAGGAUGCUAUCUGCAAUGAAGUGGGAACCAUGAGAGGCUGUAGGGUUAAAGACUUACUAGACAUUGCAAAUGGCCAUGUGGUUUGUGAAGAAGGUGACAAGUUAACCUACUCAAAAUAUGGACGAUUUUGCCAUGAGGUCAAAAUUAAUUAUUCCCCGUAUAUGAAUUAUUUCACUCGAGUAUACUGGAACAGAUCCUACUUUGUAUAUAGAAUCAAUACUGUGAUAUCCUUUCAGUCUUGAAAACUAGUGGAGCCUUCAUUUCAGAGACGCGAGGCCCCUGAAAGUCUCUUCCUACCCUGCAUGGUGUCAUCUGGAAUCAGAGUAUAGACACUUGACAUUUUACUGUUGCUUUUCCCCUUCUGCUGUUAACUGGAUCUACCAGUCUGUGGGGAAUAGGAGAGCCAUAUCACUGCCCAUGCUGCAGUAUUCCAGCCCAAUGUCUUCAGUACUGUCACAUGGUCUUUAAAGGUGUUGCCUUCUACACUCUUGUGAAAAUUUCCUCCAAAAUUUCCAUCCAAAAUCUGUCCUAACAUUCAUCUUGACUAUGAAUGAAGUUCAAGGUCAGAGUUUAUCUCUCAGACAUAAUAUGUAAGACAUGCUUCAUGUGGUAUAGUUAUAGAAUGGGAGGAAAGACUUAACCAUUCUUACCCUCCUGGCAGUUUCUGUAAGUUUUCCUGAUUUAUUUACAAUAGACCUGAGACAUAUCAGAACUCAUUUAAAUGUGAACUGUUAAUGUGGAAUAUUUACAUUAAGAUGAAAUUUACAGGAAGAAAAGUAAUUUUUAAGGCUCUGUCUCUAUCUAGAGAUCUAUCCAGAUCAUCCAUGAUACAACUCUUCAGCUGUGGCUUAUAUAAGUGAGCACUUUGUUAGUAAUAUGGAGUGCAUGAUACCGCGUUUUAUUACUUUAUAGCUAUCGACUCAGUGGUUACCUUUUUCACUUAUGCCCAUAAGUUUUUAUAUCAACUUAAAUCAUGAUAAAACAAUAACUUUUGCUACAUAUAUAUUUUUUAAAAUAGACAUUUGAAAGAAUGUCCAAGUUUUAAGAAAUAUGGAUAUAAGGUAUAUAUAUUAUACUCGUAUAUUUUUUACUGAAGUAUUAAGUAAUAUUAAAUCUUCAUCAGACUUAACUGACACUGAAAGGAGCAACCAUUUCUGGACAUAUCUACGGAUGCUAGGAACCUGACUGCAUAUAUGUAUAUUUAUUACAAGACAAAUUUUAUUAUUUUUUAAACUUCAAUAUUAAGAACAGAAUGACAGCUGUAAUUAGACUCAAGCACAGCUUUAGUUUUAAGUGCUGUCCUCAUUAAAGUUAAAUAUUUUAAAAUUGUAUGUUAAAUGUAAGUCAAAAAUUAAUUGAUUUUGGAUUUUUAAAGAGGUUCAGGGUAGAUAUAUCAUUUUAAGCAGAUGGUUCACAUAUUUUUACUUCACACACCUAAGGAAUUAACAAGUCUCUUAGAUUUUCACUUGUUAGAGUACUCUAGCACUAUUUCAGUACUAGAACUUACUACAUGUCAAGAGUACCUUUCCGUUAUCUUUAUUUCCUGUAAUACGUAUAUGUUUUAAAGUAUGAAAGUACUUUCAUUCUUAGACUAGCGCUCAAACACUUUGCUCUUUUGGAACUUUAGGAUCAUUUUAUGACAGUGUCAUAUACUUGGUGCAUUCAUUUUAUUGUCUCAUUUCAUGCUUUUGUAUAAUUUUUUAAUAAUUGUUAAAUUUCAGUAGCUUCAGACAGAACAUUUAAACUUCUCUGCUCAUCUUAGUAGUGAGUCGUGAAUACUUAUCUCCAAGCUUUACAAAAUAUCGCCAUAGUUGCCAAGUGCAUAGUAACUGGUCACUUAGGAGUACUUGUGAUUAGAGCAUGUGAAUUUUUUUUAAAGGUGAAAAGUGUACCCUACUUUCUAUGUAGCAUGAAAUGCUAAUGGAAUUGAUUUAUAUGAUGAUAAUUUUGAUUUUUU